CGGUGACUUAUUGGCGUCUGUUUUUUUAUUUUUCUUGUUUUCUAUCUCUGCUGUGGAUAAUAACAGUUUCACAAAAGUUUGUAGAUAUCGUCGUCGAUUAAUGACUACGGAUAAUCGUUUAGAUUUAUUAGAAUCGUGCCACGUCGCCCGUAAAUAUAAUGUUGAUAUAACAGAAAAUCAUCUUUUCGUUCAACUUUAUCCCCUUCUCAGAGUUCCCAGUCACAGUUUUGCUUUUCGAUGUAAGAAUAUGUCUGAGAUCAGUCUUUUAUAAUGGAGAGAAAUGAAUAUGUCGCACCUGCGUCACCCAGUUGUUUGUCUCUAAACAGUGAUAAGUCUUGGGAUCGUCUUCUAGAUUUCAGCAAUGAGAAAGAUAAGAUCAAGGUUGAGCCCAACUGUGGAUUAUGCAAACAAGUUAUGAGAGAUCCAGUCUUUAUUACCUGUGGGCACAGUUUUUGCAGACAUUGUAUCACCAAUCACUGGGAUAAGAAUGAACAUUGUGAAAACAUUUACUGUCCCAAGUGCAGAACGAGAUUCAGAACACAGCCUGCUCUACAGCCACACAAUAUCAUGACAGAAUCCUGUCCUGCUAGUUCUGCUCAUUGCAGCACCACAGACGAGCUGUUUGACACAGAAUCACAUAUGCAGCCUGCUUCUCAGCAGCCAGUGGUAGAUGUUUUGCAACAGGUCAAAACAGCUCACAAAAACAAAAUGAAGGACAAGUAUGAGAGCUUUUUCGAAGGAAUAAAAUCACAGAAGAAUGAAAUCAUGCUGAAAAGCAUCUACACAGAGCUUUACAUCACAGAGGAAGAAAAAGAAGACUUGAAUGAUCCGCAUGAAGUCUUGCAGUUGGAGAAAGCACCUAGGGCAAAACAGGUACAGGACACACCAAUCAUUUGCAAUGACAUCUUCAAACCGUUAUCUGAAAUAAGACAAGAAGACAGAAGAAAGUACAACAAUGGAAGAAUUAGGACUGUGCUUACUAAAGGCAUUGCUGGAAUUGGAAAAACAGUCUCUGUGCAGAAGUUCAUUCUGGACUGGGCAGAAGGAAAUGCCAAUCAGGAUGUAGACUUCAUGUUUGUGCUGCCAUUUCGAGCUCUAAACUUAAGUAUAGAUCAACAGUACAAUCUAUAUGGACUCCUGCUUAAAUUUCAUCCAGAACUUAACGAGAUGGAUGUACAAAAAUUUAAUACGUGUAAAGUUGUUUUCAUCUUUGAUGGUCUGGAUGAAAACAGAAUUUCACUCGUGUUUUCAGAUUGUGGGAAAGUUUCUGAUAUGACUAUGACGUCCUCAUUAUGUUUGUUAAUAACAAACCUUAUCAAGGGAGAGCUGCUCCCGGAUUCUCACAUCUGGAUAACUUCCAGACCAGCAGCAGCCAAUCAGAUCCCCUCUAAAUACAUCAACAGGAUGACAGAGAUUCACGGGUUUAAAGACAGUCAGAAGGAGGACUAUUUCAAGAAGAAAAUUAGUGAUCCAGAUCAAGCCGAUAGAAUCAUCCAACACAUUAAGACGUCAAGAAGUCUGCAUAUAAUGUGUGGCAUACCAGUCUUCUGUUGGGUCUCCGCCGCUGUGCUUCAGAACGUUCUGGAAAAACAUGACAGUACAGAAAUCCCUAAAACACUAACAGAAAUGUACAUACAUUUUCUGUUGAUUCAGACAAAUAUAAGUAAGCAGAAGUACGAUGAAGGAGAUGGAAGAGUUGCAAACAAAGUCCUGGACACAAACAGGGAAGAGAUUCUUAAAUUUGCUAAACUGGCAUUCAGACAGCUGAUAAAUUCCAACCCCAUGUUCUAUGAGGAGGACCUGAUAGAGUGUGGCAUUGAUCCUGCAGAUGCCUUGUAUUCUGGGGUCUUCAAAGAGACGUUGAAGUGGGAGUCUGUGUUUCAUCAGAAGAAGGUCUUCUGCUUCCUACAUUUGAGUUUUCAGGAGUUUCUUGCUGCACUGUAUGUGUUUUACUCGUUUUUAGUCAAGAACUUCGAUGCACUGCAGGAUUUUCUGGAAGGAAAAUUAAAGGGAGGGAGGUCUGACAAGCACAAUCUGUUUUGGCUUCUGAAAAUCACUGUUGAUAAAAUCAUGCAGAGUAAAGACGGACAUCUAGAUCUUUUCCUCAGAUUUCUGCUGGGCAUCUCACUGGAGUCCAACCAGAGACUUUUGCAGGAUAUUUUGCCAUACACUGAGAGGAACAUUGAGAGCACAGAAAAAACCAUCCAGAACAUAAGGGACAAAAUCACAAAUAUAAGAACCAAUUCAGAGCAUCUCUCGGCUGACCGAGCCAUCAAUCUUUUUCUCUGUCUGCUUGAGAUGAAUGACCAGUCUCUGUACAAGGAGAUUGAGAUGUUUCUGAAAUCGGAUAAAUGUUCACAGAGGCUCUCCCCUGCACACUGCUCGGCUAUAGCCUAUAUGCUUCAGAUAUCAGAACAGGUUCUGGAUGAGGUGGACCUCAAGGCCUACAACACAACAGAGGAGGGCAGAAAGAGACUCUUACCAGCAUUGAGAAAUAGCAGAAAAGCUCUACUGGCUAGUUGCAAUCUGAAGUAUCAGUGCUGUGAAAGUGUGGCCUCAGCUCUACAAUCAGCAAAUUCUCACCUGAAAGAGCUGGACUUGAGUAACAACGACCUGCAGGAUUUAGGAGCAAAGUUACUCUCUGAUGGACUGAAGAGUUCAAACUGUCAACUGGAAAUACUAAGAUUGGCAAUAUGUAGUCUCACUGAUGAGAGCUGUGAAAAUAUGGUGUCUGUUCUACAAUCAACAAACUCUAUCCUGAGAGAGCUGGACCUGAGUAACAAUGACCUGCAGGACUCAGGGGUGGAGCUACUCUCUGAUGGACUUCAGAGUUCACAAUGUCAACUGAAGAUACUUAGGCUGUCAAGCUGUAAUCUAACUGAUCUGUGCUGUGAGAAUGUAGCCUCCGUUCUGCAAUCAGAAAACUCCACCUUGAUAGAGCUGGACCUGAGUAACAAUGACUUACAAGACUCAGGAGUAAAGCUGCUUUCUGAAGGACUAAAGAGUCCUCACUGUCAGAUAGAGAUACUGAGAUUAUCUGGCUGCAUGGUUACAGAGAAAGGCUGUUUUUAUCUGGCUUCAGCACUAAAUUCGAACCCAUCGCAUCUGAGAGAACUGGAUCUUAGCUACAAUCACCCAGGAGACCAAGGAGUGAAGCUGCUCUCUGCAAGACUGGAGGAUCCACACAGCAAACUAGAGAACCUCAAUGUACAACAUGGGGGAGAGUUUAGGAUUAAAGCUGCGCUCCAAAAAUAUGCAUGUGAGCUCAGCCUUGACCUUAACACAAUAAACGAACAUCUCUCUCUGUCUGAGGAGAACAGAAAGGUGAUGAUUGUGGAUGAGAAGAUACCAUAUCCUGAUCAUUCAGAGAGAUUUGAGGCUUGGCCUCAGGUUCUGACCAGAGAGCCUCUCACUGGACGCUGUUACUGGGAGAUUGUGUCAAGUGGGGAAAAGUGGGUUGGUGUAGCAGUGACAUACAAAGGAAUUAAGAGGAAAGGUGUUACUGAUGAGUGUUGUUUUGGAUUCAAUGACAAGUCCUGGAGUCUGAAUUGCUUUAAUGAUGAAUACUAUGCAUGGCAUGAUCAUAUCAGCUCUGACAUUCCUGCUCCUUCCUCCCGUACUAAAAGAAUAGGAGUAUAUCUGGACUGGCAGGCUGGUACAGUUUCGUUGUACAGCAUCUCUGAGACACGCACACUCACACACUUGCACACAUUCCAGUCCAAAUUCACUGAGCAUGUCUAUGCUGGCUUUAGGGUUUAUGACUCAGUUACUUUGUGUUAAGUUAUUUUUUACACUUAACAUUCAUAGCAGCAGGAAAAAAAAAAUAUUUGUAUUAUUUAAAAAAAGUGUUUUUAUGUUAACAUUUUUUGUUAACAUUAUGUUAACAUAAUUGGGUGUUUCUUUUUCAUAUCUAUUAUUUGCUUACAGGGUGUUAUGUCAUGUUUGCUUCAGGAUAUAAAUACAUAAUAUGUUAUUGACAUCAAACAUUUUAAAUAAAGCUUUUUAUUAAAAUCCCUUGUAGUAUUGCUCUCUAUUCAGCAGGGCAGGGUUGCACCAGCCAUUCCUAAGUUCUUUCUUAAAUGUGAACGUAAAGUUUACAAUAGAGGCUUAGUAACUACUAGUUAGUUUGUAACUAACUCUACGUUAUUCGGUUGCACCAAUUGAUCUUAAGGCAGAACCUUGAUAGGCCCUGGCCCAAAUGGCGCACUCCGGUCUCGUGGACCUCCUCUGAGUGCACACUUGGUGACGGUGCAGACCUAUAGGGCACUAGGCACGAGUCCACAGGGGUACAUGGAUGGGAGUGCUCUUUGGGACAGACUUGAGGUCAUCACAUUGGAAGGAGCAAGCAGUGCUUUCUAAUCACUCUCACGAUACUUUGUUGUCAUUCGCUGAUCAGUCUGCGCAGUGCCAUGUGAAGUCGAUCACACUUGUUGUUCCGUUAUAGUUAGUUGGGACUGGAGCUGCCGGUGUUUAUUGUUCUGCAUUUCAUAUGAUGAUAUGCCACCCGAGCAUUAUGCAAUAGAUAUGUAUGUUUGUAAUGCAUUCAUUUGUCAUGACGUAAAUGCAACUGCUUAUGUAUAUUUAUUUAUUUGUAUAUUCUAUUCUUCUGUAUACACUUCUUAAUAUGAAUGUAUGUGAUUAUUUAAUAUAUAUCUAUAAUACCGAG